AUGGCCGGAGGAGAGGAAGGGUGGAGGAGGAGCGGCAUCGAGGUGAGCACCCUGCAGUUCGGCGCCAACGGAUCCGGCAAGACCACUCUCUUGAAGAUUCUUGCAGGAAAACAUAUGGUUGGAGGAAAGGAUGUUGUCCGUGUUCUUAAUGGUUCUGCUUUUCAUGACACACAGUUCGUGUGCAGUGGUGACCUUUCCUACUUGGGUGGUUCGUGGAGUCGGAAUGUCAGUUCAGUUGGUGAUGUUCCACUACAGGGCGAUUUCUCUGCUGAGCACAUGAUAUUUGGAGUUGAUGGAGUUGAUCCUGUUAGGCGAGAGAAGCUGAUUGAUCUACUAGAUAUUGAUCUGCAAUGGCGCAUGCAUAAAGUUUCAGACGGACAGCGCCGCAGGGUACAAAUUUGCAUGGGCCUUCUUCAUCCAUACAAGGUACUCUUACUCGAUGAGAUCACCGUGGAUCUCGAUGUCGUGACCAGGAUGGAUCUCCUCGACUUCUUCAAGGAAGAGUGCGAGCAGAGAGAAGCCACGAUUGUCUACGCCACCCACAUAUUCGACGGGCUGGAGACAUGGGCCACCGACAUCGCGUACAUCCAAGAGGGCGAGCUGAAAAAGUCGGCGAAAUACUCGGACAUCGAAGAGCUGAAGACGGCCAAGAACCUUCUGACGGUCGUGGAGUCAUGGCUGAAGUCCGAGACCAAGCUCCCAAAGAAAGAGCCCGCGCGCGUCGAGAGCCAGCCCAGGCGCUCCUCCCCGUUCGACGCCUCCCCUUUCCGAGCGUCGCGCCACAUGGCCUACUACCGAUGA